AUGCCAUUUGAAGAGGUUAUUCAAAAGGUUCUGGAUAAAAGCUAUUUUCAUCCACACACAUGGAAUCUCCUGCUUCAAUUCUACCCAUCGCAUACGGACGAGAUUUUGGAAUUAAUGCGGACACGUGUUUCCCUAGACAGGACGUUGUUGCUGACAUUACUGGAAAAGAGCUCCUCUUUAAACAGUGUGCUGAAUAUAAUCGAUAUCUUCAGACAGCGCCACAUGCACUUGGAUCACGAAGCCCUAGACAAGAUUCUAGUGAAGCUCGCCGUUUUCGACGAGUACAUGGUUGCCAAAUCCAUACUAGACACCAUGAUCGAAACCGCUCCAAAGCUUGCGGAAAAACCGUUUCAGGUUCAGCAUAGUAGCACCCAUGAGCCCUGGGUGCGCAAGCUUAACUUGUACGAGCACCAUGGACUUAUGACGACACGACGUCGGCGAAGAUUAGUGAGCCAGAUCGAGCUCGUCAACGAAUGGCUACCAGAUAACACUCCUCUGAUCCUUUAUCCACAAAGACCAACUCCAUUUCUGAUGCAUCAAUUUUUUGUUUUAAAUCUAAGCUCAGAUAUGAGUAUCGCGCGCAGAUCACAAAUCUGUGAUCUUCUUGAGUUGAUGAAUACAGCGAAAAUUCCAAUUCUGAACAAGACAGUGAUCCUAGUGUUGCAACGUCUUGUGGAGCUAGACCAGCUUAGGCAACAGGAAGUCGAUCUUGCUGCGCAACUGGUUGAACUUUACCAAGAAUCCAAGCGUUUCAACGCUUACUUGGAGAUCCAAGCCACAAAUCUGGCUUUCAACAGAACAGAAUUGGUGCCGUACCUGCUGGCCAAGAAAGAAAAUAAUAAUAAACUUGAUUUUGAGGUCCAGAAAGGAGCAGGCUGGAAUUCUGAUUGCUACGACCAAGUGAUUUUCCGCCUUGGCUCAAAGCUGUACCACAAGUCCGCGGACUUGAACUUUGAAUGGCUCGCCAAAUUGCUCCUCGAGCUCCACAGAGAUUAA